UGCGGCUUUGUACAUUAAGAGUUGUAAUUUUGGUAUUUUUUUUUUCAUUUCUCACAAACGUUUAUAACUUAGCCACUAAGCAGUACUAAGAAUGUCUAAUGUUACUGCAGCGGUAAUAGCGAAUCGAAACAAGAAACAUUUUCUUGGAGUCCCAGCACCUUUGGGCUAUGUUGCUGGCGUCGGACGUGGUGCGACUGGCUUCACAACACGGUCUGACAUUGGGCCAGCUCGAGAUGCAAACGAUGUCUCGGAUGACCGUCAUGCACCGCCGGCAACAAAGAGAAAAAAGAAAGACGAAGAUGAUGAAGAGGACGAAGAUUUAAAUGACUCCAAUUACGACGAGUUUAGUGGCUACAGCGGGUCACUAUUCUCAAAAGACCCGUAUGACAAAGACGACGAAGAAGCUGAUGCUAUAUACGAUUCAAUCGAUAAACGUAUGGAUGAAAAACGUAAGGAGUAUAGAGAUCGUAGGCUGCGCGAAGAUUUGGAAAAAUAUCGCCAAGAAAGACCAAAAAUUCAACAGCAAUUCUCGGAUUUGAAGCGUUCCUUGGCUACAGUGUCCGCUGAAGAAUGGUGCAACAUACCAGAGGUCGGCGAUAGUCGUAAUAGAAAGCAAAGAAACCAAAGAGCUGAAAAAUUUACACCACUUCCGGACAGUGUUUUAUCACGAAAUUUAGGGGGCGAAACAUCAUCCACAAUAGACCCAUCCUCCGGCCUGGCAUCAAUGGUACCGGGAGUGGCUACACCCGGCAUGUUAACUCCCACUGGAGAUUUAGAUUUAAGAAAAAUAGGACAGGCUCGUAACACUCUAAUGAAUGUGAAAUUAUCUCAAGUCUCCGACUCUGUUACUGGCCAGACUGUGGUAGAUCCCAAAGGCUACUUAACCGAUUUGCAAAGUAUGAUUCCUACAUACGGCGGUGACAUAAAUGAUAUUAAAAAGGCCCGCUUGUUGCUAAAAAGUGUAAGAGAGACUAAUCCCAAUCAUCCUCCAGCAUGGAUUGCAUCCGCUCGUUUGGAAGAAGUCACGGGAAAAGUUCAAAUGGCACGAAAUUUAAUAAUGCGAGGCUGCGAAAUUAAUCCCCAGUCGGAAGACUUAUGGCUGGAGGCUGCAAGAUUGCAACCGACAGAUACAGCUAAGGCAGUAAUAGCUCAAGCUGCUCGUCAUAUUCCCACAUCAGUUAGGAUUUGGAUUAAAGCUGCAGAUUUGGAGACAGAGACUAAAGCAAAGAGACGUGUGUACCGCAAAGCACUCGAGCACAUUCCAAAUUCAGUUCGUCUAUGGAAGGCCGCCGUCGAAUUAGAGAAUCCCGAUGAUGCCCGUAUACUACUUUCCCGAGCCGUUGAAUGUUGCAAUACAAGUGUGGAAUUGUGGUUGGCCCUAGCACGUUUAGAAACCUACGAAAAUGCUCGCAAGGUUCUAAAUAAAGCCCGCGAAAACAUACCGACCGACCGUCAAAUCUGGACAACCGCUGCUAAAUUAGAGGAAGCCAAUGGCAACAUUCAUAUGGUGGAGAAAAUAAUCGAUCGUUCUCUCACAUCUUUGUCCGCAAACGGAGUAGAGAUAAAUCGCGAACAUUGGUUCCAAGAGGCAAUUGAAGCCGAGAAGUCUGGUGCGGUCCACUGCUGUCAAUCAAUAAUAAAGUCCGUAAUUGGUGUCGGAGUUGAAGAAGAAGAUCGCAAGCAAACGUGGAUGGACGAUGCAGAUUUUUGCGCCAAGGAAAGUGCAUUUGAAUGUGCAAGGGCAGUUUAUGCUCAUGCCCUGCAAACAUUUCCCUCCAAGAAAAGCAUAUGGCUAAGGGCUGCAUAUUUUGAAAAAAAUCAUGGUACACGCGAAUCCCUGGAGGCUUUGCUGCAGAGAGCAGUUGCGCAUUGUCCAAAAUCCGAAGUGUUGUGGUUGAUGGGUGCUAAAUCGAAAUGGCUUGCUGGCGAUGUCCCCGCAGCAAGAGGAAUCCUUUCAUUGGCAUUUCAAGCUAAUCCAAACUCCGAGGACAUUUGGUUAGCAGCCGUCAAAUUGGAAUCUGAGAAUGCAGAAUACGAAAGAGCUAGGCGACUGUUGGCCAAGGCAAGAGGAUCGGCACCAACACCCCGAGUUAUGAUGAAAUCAGCACGUCUUGAAUGGGCUUUAGAUCGACUGGAUGAUGCUCUGCGGCUUCUUGAAGAAGCCGUUGAAGUUUUUCCUGAUUUUCCCAAAUUGUGGAUGAUGAAGGGUCAAAUUGAGGAGCAGCAGCAGCGACUGGAAGAGGCAGCAAAUUCAUAUAACCUAGGACUAAAGAAGUGUCCCUCUUCUAUACCUUUAUGGAUACUCUCUGCAAAUUUGGAGGAACGAAAAGGAGUCCUCACUAAAGCAAGAUCUAUACUAGAAAGAGCACGACUACGCAAUCCGAAAACUCCAAUUUUGUGGCUGGAAGCAAUUCGUGUAGAACUUAGAGCCGAUUUAAAGGAAAUAGCUAGCACAAUGAUGGCAAGAGCCCUGCAAGAAUGCCCAAACUCCGGUGAAUUGUGGGCUGAGGCCAUUUUUAUGGAAUCGAAACCACAGAGAAAAACCAAAUCUGUUGAUGCUUUAAAAAAAUGUGAACACGAUCCGCAUGUAUUAUUGGCCGUAUCAAAACUCUUUUGGUCGGAACACAAAUUCUCCAAGUGUCGAGAUUGGUUUAACCGAACGGUUAAAAUCGACCCCGAUUUGGGAGAUGCUUGGGCCUAUUUUUACAAGUUUGAAUUGGUGCAUGGUACCGAAGCGCACCAAAAAGAAGUACUGGACCGUUGUAUAAGCGCCGAACCAAAGCAUGGUGAAGCCUGGUGUCGUGUUAGUAAGCAUGUGAAAAAUUGGUGUUUCAAAACACCGGAUAUAUUGAAAGCUGUAGUUAAAGAAAUAACUAUUCCGGUUUGAAAUCGUUCACAAUUUUCUUCACCCCCAGUUAAAGAAUAAAAUUAGACGUAUUGAA